AUGCAUAAGGUAUAUUUUGGAGAAUUCAUGUCCACAAGGCUGUUUGCUGCCUACUUGAACAAAAUUGGGCACAAAGCACGACAGUAUGAUGCAUUUGAGAUCGAGAUUGUUACCACAGACGAAUUCACUAAUGCUGAUAUUCUUGAGGCAACAUACCUGGCGGUUUCAAAAAGGUUACUUGGUGACUGGAGCAAGGAAAAAUCAGUCCCCAUUGUCACAAGCUUCCUUGGAAAGGUACGGAGAUCUUGUGCUGUAACUACGCUGGGUAGAGGAGGCAGCGAUUUGACUGCCACAACGAUUGGGAAGGCUUCCAAUUGUGAUGUGGUGCUGGUUUGGAAAGAUGUGGAUGGAGUUUUAACUUGUGAUCCAAACAUUUACUGCGGAGCUCAACCUGUUCCAUACCUGACAUUUGAUGAGGCAGCUGAACUUGCUUACAUUGGUGCC